GGGUUCCAUAAGUGCGUAAUUUAUUUUACAAACCUAUUUGAUAAAUAAUUUUGAAUUUAUAAAUAAAAAUAUUGAGCAAACUUUAUGGAUUUUACAGUUUCCAUAAACAAAAUCGCUGUUUACUUACUAUCUAUAAUGUGUCAUUAACUCAUAGGCCCAGAUCCAUAGACCAUAGUAUAAACCGGAGUGGAAAACCUUAUGAACUUUUUUUUUUUGAGCGUGCUAUGAAAAAUAUUAUAUCUAUUAUAUUGUAUUCAAUAUUGACCGAUAAAAGCUGCUCGAAAUAUUUUUACCCUAUUUUUACCUAUUAUAUAAUAUAUUAUAAAUUAAAAUAUGAAAUAUAUUGUAAAAAUAUUUUAAUUUUUCCCAUGCCCUCAAAAUCUUUUCGCUUGCCAUGGAUUUUCCAUUCCUGGUAUAAGGUCUAUGUCCCGAUCACACUAUGCGUUUUGUCGGUUUGACCGCUAUAUAUUGCGGUGGGAACCGGCGGUUUUUUAAUAUGGUUCCGCAAAUCGGCCAAGUCUGGCCCCAACAACGCGUUUUAUAUAUUAAAAUUAAUCAUAGAUGUUGCGGAUCGGUUACGUAUUAUUGGCAACCGAUAAAACGUAUAGCUACGUAUAGUGCACCACGCCAUAAUAUAGGUUUGAUUCAAUACUUAAAAUGCUUGAAUGUUGAUGAAUUGAAGUGUAUAUAGUAUAUUAUAUAGUUGGUUGGUUUGAUCACUUGGUAGCCGGUACCAUGUUACCAUCCAUGUAUAGUAAGGGAUUUAAACUGCAGAAUGUAUCAGAAGAAGAAUCAUCAGACUCGGAUAAUAGUAAUGAACUUAAUUCUGAUGGUUCAACAUCAUCAUCAAGUUCUGAAAGCCAAUCUGAUGCAUCUCAAGAAGCUAACAGCUCUGAACAAUCAACUGAUGAAUAUAGUCCUUCUGAGCGAUCCAAACGCGUAAUUAAACCAUCAUUAAAACCUAGUGAGAGUGACAAUUCAAGUGAUUACAGUUCUCGAGUCACUAUAAAUAAAAAGUGGAAAAAUGAUAGCUCAGAUUAUGAUUCUGAAACUGACAAAGAAGAAAUACCUCGUAGUAAAUCAUUAGCUGCAUUACGACGUCAAAAACAACCUACAAGACGUCCUACAACCAAAUUAAAUCUACGUUUAAAUAAAAGAAAAAAUAAUAGUUAUAGUGCCAACAGUGAUGAUGAAGAUGCUAGUAAAUCUAGAAACUUACGUCGAAGACUACAAACAGUUAAUUAUAAAGAAGAAAGUGAAAAGAGUGAUAGUGAUAAUUAUGAUUCUGAAACUGACAAGGAAGAAAUACCUCUCAGUAAAUCAUUAGCUGCAUUACAGCCUCAAAAACAGCCUACAAGACGUCCUACAAUCAAACUAAAUCCACGUUUUAAUAAAAGAAAAAAUGAUAGUUAUAGUAUUAACAGUAAUGAUGAAGAUGCUAGUAAAUCUAGAAAUACACGUCAAAGACUACAAACAGUUAGUUAUAAAGAAGAAAGUGAAAAGAGUGAUAGUGAUGAUUAUUUGGAAAGAGAGGAGGUUGAAGAAAAAGAAGAACUAUCUGAUACUUAUGAAACAAUUGAAAAAGUUUUGGCUCGAAGACAAGGCAAAAUAGGUGCUGUAGGAAAUAUAACAACUAUUUAUGCAAUUGAGGAGAAUGGCGAUCCUAAUAUUGACUGUGAUCCUAAUGAAAAAGAGACUCAGUUUCUGAUCAAAUGGAAGGGUUGGUCACAUAUUCAUAACACUUGGGAGUCUAUGAAUUCGCUUUUGGAUCAAGAAAUUAAAGGGCUUAAGAAAAUUGAUAAUUUUGUGAUACGUGAAAACUCUAUCGGUGCAUGGUGUAAUCAAAUGACUCCUGAAGAUUCUGAAUAUUAUGAGUGUCAACUUGAACUUCAACAAGAUUUAUUAAAAAGCUACAAUAUUGUUGAAAGAAUAAUAGGAGAAUCUAAAAUUCCAACACAAGAAGAAUAUUAUGUAAAGUGGCAAUCUUUGCCUUAUAGUGAUGCAUCAUGGGAAGUAGCUUCCUUAAUAGAACGUAAGUGGCCUCAAAAAAUAAAAGAAUUCAGAGAUCGCGAGGGCUCAAAAACAACACCAUCUAUAGCAUGUAGAGCUUUAAAAUAUCGUCCAAAGUUUGUUCAACUUUCUAAAGAACCUGAAUAUUUUGGUGGUUAUGAUGAGAAACUGAUACUUCGAGAUUACCAAUUACAUGGUGUGAAUUGGCUUAUUCAUUCAUGGUGCAAAGACAAUUCUGUAAUUCUUGCUGAUGAAAUGGGCCUCGGAAAAACUAUUCAAACCAUAUGUUUUCUUAAUUAUUUAUUUCACAACUAUCAAAUGCAUGGUCCAUUCCUAGUUGUUGUUCCUUUAUCAACUAUGCCUUCAUGGCAACGAGAGUUUAGUUUAUGGGCUCCUGAUAUAAACAUUGUAACAUAUAUUGGAGAUGUUAAAUCUCGUAACAUAAUACGUGAAACAGAAUGGUGUUAUGAGAGCUCUAAAAGAUUAAAAUUUAAUGCUAUUCUUACUACAUAUGAAAUUGUUCUUAAAGAUAGUUCACUUUUAAAUAGUCUUAGUUGGGCUGUUUUACUAGUUGAUGAAGCACAUCGUUUAAAAAAUGAUGAUUCCCUAUUAUACAAAGCUCUUCAAAGUUUUGACACUAAUCAGAGAUUACUUAUAACAGGAACACCUUUGCAAAACAAUUUAAAAGAACUGUGGGCAUUGUUGCAUUUCAUUAUGCCUGCAAAAUUUGAUAACUGGGAAGAGUUUGAGCAUAUGCAUGACAAUGCAGCAAGUAAAGGUUAUACAAAACUUCAUAGACAACUUGAACCAUAUAUAUUACGCCGUGUUAAAAAAGAUGUAGAAAAGUCAUUACCAGCCAAAGUUGAACAAAUAUUAAGUGUAGAAAUGACUCCUGUACAGAGAAAAUAUUACAAAUGGAUUUUAACCAAAAAUUUUAAUGCUUUAAGAAAUGAAUCCAAAGGAUCGUUAACAACAUUCUUAAAUAUUAUGAUAGAAUUAAAAAAAUGCUGUAAUCAUGCUCUUUUGACUAAACCUCAAGAGAAUGAAAACACAGCAGAUGCCAAUCUUCAGAGUUUAUUACGAGGAUCUGGAAAACUUAUGCUACUUGAUAAGUUAUUAGUACGUCUGAAAGAAACUGGCCACAGAGUAUUGAUUUUCUCUCAGAUGGUCCGUAUGUUAGAUAUUCUUGCUGAAUAUCUAAGUUAUCGACGUUUGCCAUUUCAAAGACUUGAUGGUAGCAUCAAAGGUGAUGUAAGAAGACAAGCAGUAGAACAUUUUAAUGCUGAGGGAUCUCAAGAUUUUUGUUUUCUAUUAUCAACUCGAGCUGGUGGACUUGGUAUUAAUUUAGCUACUGCAGAUACAGUUAUUAUAUUUGAUUCAGACUGGAAUCCUCAAAAUGAUUUACAAGCCCAAGCACGUGCUCACAGGAUUGGACAGAAAAGUCAAGUUAAUAUUUAUCGACUGGUCACAAAAGGAUCAAUUGAAGAAAAUAUUGUAGAAAGAGCAAAGCAAAAAAUGGUUUUGGAUCAUUUGGUAAUUCAAAGAAUGGAUACUACUGGUCAUACUGUUUUAGACAAAAAAGCAAAAAAUGCAUCAAUUCCUUUUAACAAAGAUGAACUUACAGCUAUAUUAAAAUUUGGUGCAGAAGAACUAUUUAAAGAUGAUCCUGGUGCUGACGAAGAACCUUUAUGUGAUAUUGAUGAAAUUUUGAGAAGAGCUGAAACACGAGAUGAAACAUCAACAACUGUUGGCAAUGAACUUUUAUCUGCCUUUAAGAUAGCUAGUUUUACUUUUAACGAAGAAAAAGAUAUUGUUGACAAGUCACCUAAGACUCAAAAUGAACAAAAAAAUAAAGAAUGGGAGGAAAUAAUACCUGAAUCAUUAAGAAAAAAAGUCGAGGAUGAAGAAAAGGCUAAAGAAAUAGGAGAUCGUUAUUUACCGCCCAGAAGUACAAAAACAUUACAAAAACUGAAUCAAGAAGGGAAAAGAAAGAAAGAUGAAUCUGAUGAUGACAGUGAUGAAGAUCGACCUAGAAAACGUGUAAGACCACAUGUUGAAACUAAAGAAGUAGUUAAAAAACCGUUCACUGAUGCAGAAAUUCAAAAAUUAAUUAAAAGUUGUAAACGUUUUCCCAAUCCUAUGAAACGCAUUGAUGCUGUAGCUGAUGAUGCUGAUCUUCAAAAAAAACCUAAAUCAGAAUUAAAAAAAAUAAUUCAAGUAUUGUAUGACCGUUGUAAUGAAGCAUGUAAUAGUGAGCAUACAGAAAAAGAAUCUGAUGCUACUAAUGAUGAUGGUAUUAAGAAAAAAAUUAGAGGACCUUUAAUAAAACUUGGUGGUGUGACAGUAAAUGCUAAAAAUGUAUUAGCUUGUAGUGAAGAAUUGGAUAUUUUGGAUGAUAUAAUACCAUCAGAUGAAGAAGAAAGAUCAAAGUUCACUUUAGAUUUGAAAUAUGUCAAAUCAGCUAAUUUUGAUUUUGACUGGGAUAUAACUGAUGAUUCAAAAUUGUUAAUAGGAAUUUAUCUUUAUGGCUUAGGUUCAUGGGAAGCUAUUAAAAUUGAUACUGCAUUAGGCCUUAGUGACAAAAUCUUAUCCAAUGAAGAUAAGAAACCGCAAGCUAAACAUUUAUUAACUCGUUCUGAGUAUCUACUAAAGAUGUUGAAAAAAACUCAAGUAGUAAUUAAAGGUGAAUCAACACCUAAGAAGGCACGUAAGGUAAAAGAAGGAAAAUUAAGAAAAAUAAUUGAUGACAAUAGUACUGGUAAUAUAAACAAAAAAAAAAUUGAUAGUGCUACUAAUCACGAUGAAAACUUAAAAUCAAAAAAAGAUUUAAUAAAUGAUUUAAUCAAAUCUGGAUUGACAGGUUCCCCCCCAAAAGAAAAAAAACCUAAAAUAGCCACUAAAACAGGUCCAAUGCAUUUCACUGCUAAUAGUGAAUCAAAGGCUGUAAAUGUAGAUGAUAUUGUUGAGUUGCCAAAAGAAAAAUUUUUAGAGUGUAAAGAAAAAAUGAGACCAGUGAAGAAAGUAUUAAAAGCUUUAGAUGAUCCAGAAGAAAAGAAAAAUGAAUUACAUUAUAUAAAUCAUAUGCAAGAAUGUUUAAUAGAAAUAGGUUCACACAUUGGUAAAUGCUUAGAAAAAUAUAAGGACCCUGAUAAAAUAAGAGAAUGGAGAAGAAAUUUGUGGUUUUUCGUCUCAAAGUUUACCGAAUUUGAUUCUAAAAAACUUUUAAAAGUUUAUCAACGAGGAUUACAUGUAAUUGAAAAACUAGAAAAAGAUAACAAAGUAAAAGAUAGAAGUAAAAACAAAGAUAAAAUUAGAGAUAAAUCUAAAGAAGAUAAAAAACUCAGAAAAAAUAUGGAAACUAAAGAUUCAUUACCACUAUUAAAACGAAAAUCGCGUGAUAGUGAUGAUUUAGAAAAAAAAAGUAAAAAACAAAAAACUUCAAAUAGUAAUUCAGGCGCUUUGUCAACUAUUCCAACUACGCCUCCAAGUUCUAGUAAUUCCUCGAAUGCUAUUAGUUCAUACGGUCAAAGCAGUAAUCAAUGUGAUGCAAAUUACAAUCAUCAUAGAAAUAGGAAUACACCUUAUUUUAGGAGUGAUAAUCGAAGUGGUACUCGAAAUGAUAAUAGAAGGUUUUCGUCAAGUAGAGAUUCUAAUGUUAGAUUUGAAAGGUAUGACAAUAAUUAUUAUAGUUGUCCUGCAUUCAGGGGAAGAGCAAGGGAAAUCGAUUCUGAUAUGCGAAUGCAUGACAAAAUUAGAUAUCAACAAGACGCCUACACUGCUUAUAGACAAGCUGCUGCAGCUAGUUUCUAUGCUCCCGAAUUGUAUAGUCGCUCAGGCUCAGCAUCCUAUUUGAGGUUACCUCAAUAUAGUGUUUCUUCUGAUUGGCACACUCCUGUAUCAGAAUACAGGAGAGACUAUGGAUCUUGAAACAAUUCCUAGCCAUUUUUUGUUUUUUGUAUAAGUAUUAAAAUAAUUAAUACUAUACUUAUUACCUUAAACUUUAAAAGUUCAUUCAUGUAAUGGUUAUUGUUAAAAUGUUUUUUACCAAUAAAUUAAUUUUUUAAU